GAACUAAGAAAAAUGUUGAUGUUCUGAACUAAGCUCUCCAGUGGUCAUAGUGUUCUUGUUGCUUUAUGAACUGUAAUUAUUUUUAAUAGUCUUUUAUUUGGGGCACCUGGGUCCUUCAGUUCCCAAGAGGAGAGAGUGAGCACUCGUUAUAGAGUGAAACUCUGAGGCAUACGUUACAUCACUUAAGAACAGGUCUUUUCAUUCUUUCAUUGUUGGUUGGUUUGUAGUUUAGGGAGCUUUGGGGAAAAUAAAGGGCUAAGUCUGUUAUAACCUUGAAGUCAGCAGUAGAACUUGGUCUGUUGUAUAUGACCCUGAGCUAUCAACUCAUGUAGACCGUCAAGGACUGCAAACAGAGGAUGAAGAUCUAGAAAACACCAAGGUCACCUCUGUAGCAGCUUCUGCCUCUGAUCCAGAGCCUGAUUCGUCACCCUACAGGUCACAGAUGGUGUCUCCAGUGACAGAGGAUGCCACAGAAGAUAAGCAGAAGGCCGCCAGUGCCGGGGAGGCCCAGGCCUCGGUGGAACAGGAAUUGCUGUCUGCAGACCAGACCCAGAUCCUCAGCAAGAUGGUCAGGUACCACGGCCCACAAAGGUCUGGGGACAUCGUGAUGAUCCAGUCUGAGCACACAGGAGCUGUCGAUAUUCUGUCAGCUGAUUUGGAAUCUGCAGACCUGCUGGGGGACCACAGGAGAGUCUCCCCACCUCUCAUGGCUCCUCCGUGCAUCUGGACCUUUGCCAAGAUGAAGGAAUUCAAGAGCAAGCUGGGCAAAGAGAAGAACAGCCGUCUGGUGGUGAAGCGGGGGGAGGUGGUGACCAUCCGGGUGCCGACCCAUCCCGAGGGGAAGCGUGUCUGCUGGGAGUUUGCGACCGAUGACUAUGACAUUGGCUUUGGAGUUUACUUUGACUGGACCCCGGUCACCAGCACCGACAUAACGGUGCAAGUCAGUGAUUCCAGUGAGGAUGAGGACGAAGACGAGGACGAAGACGAGGAGCUCGAAGACCCCGUCCCAGCUGGAGACGUGGAGCGAGGCUCCAGGAGCUCCCUGCGGGGCCGCUACGGGGAGGUCAUGCCCGUGUACCGCCGGGACAGCCACCGAGACGUACAGGCCGGCAGCCACGACUACCCCGGCGAGGGCAUCUACCUGCUGAAGUUCGACAACUCCUACUCCCUGCUUCGCAACAAGACUCUCUACUUCCACGUCUACUACACGAGCUGAAGGCCCUCCGGGACGGGAUGCAGGUGGCGCGCGCCGGCUGGAGCAGGCUGCCAGCUGGGGCCUGUUGUCCUGGAUAGGCAAGGGCUCCAAGCUGAGCGUGGGGCGCCCGACCCUCCCGCCCUGCUGAUGGACCUGACUGUUAGCCCCAUCCGUGUAGCUUUGCCCCGUCCUUGGCUUCUGCAGAUGGUGGCGUGGUACCCCUGCUCUGUGGUCCCUGACUCACGCUCUCGUUGCUUCCGACUCCAGCAAAAUCUCUCUGCGGAGGACACCCAUCAGGCCAAAAGCCUAAAAGGAAGUUGGGUGUUGCCUUUUCAAAAUAGGUUUGUUUUGGUUCCAGGUGUAUGCUUUCAACCACUGCGCCCUCCUCUUGCAGAGCCUUCACGCAGACGAGUUUAGUGGCCACCCGCUCUCUUCACUUUUCGAAAGGACAGAAAGAGGGAACAGCACUCUGUCUGUGAAGGAGCCCAGUGUCGGGGACAUGGAAAGCUCUGGCCAGCCUCUCACCACUGCCGUAUUCCCGCCUGCUGGUUCUGCCCGUUCUCUAGCAGGCUGGGAGCCCCCACUGCCUCUGGAGGGCUGGUGAUUUCACCCUGCCUCUCCUCUCCUUUCCCUUUUCUAAGUCUGUGCCAUCACAGCAAGAACUUCCACGCAGUCCAAAGUGAUGACCCCUGUAGUCUAAGCUAUUCCGGGAAGAAAAACUGCCUCCAUCACUUCCUAUAUCGAAAGGCGGUGUUCCUUUCCAAGGGCCCUGGGGGUGGGAGGGGGAAGGGUGGAAAUUAGGUACUGGGUUGAUCUCAGAUGCCACAUCUCCAGAAGUCAAGUGUUACUAAAUCAUUUCAUGUAUAAUCAAAGAAGGAGGGGUAGAUAAUCUGAGAGAAGAGGUUAAAAAACAAAACAACACUCCAGAUUCCCCACCACUUUUUUUUUUUUAGUCUUUAGAAAACGGGUGAUAUUUAGAAAUUUUGCUUUGGGACCAGUCAGAUUUCCUAAGUUUCUAGAUGUCUAGGUUACUUGCAUUCAGGGCUACAGGCUUUUGGUGUUCGAAGUCUCGAAGGGGAGAUGGUCAUGAAGCCUCACUGCUGCUGCUGGUCGGCUUUGUUCUUUUACCAGGCUGAAGCCUGUACGUUCCCUGGGGAUGGCCUUUUCCACGCCAUGAAGUGGGCGUGCCGUGGGGAGCUGCCUCCAGUGUCCCCAGAGGCACGUGGUGGCCAGGCCCCGCCCCAGCCAAGGAGGAGACAGAGAAGGGACCACUGCGACCGUGUGCCUCCUCCUCUUAUUCCCUGCGUCAAGCCUGUUACUACUGCCUUAGAAUUCUGAGGAAGAAUUAGAUUUAUUUAUUACUUUUAUUUAUUGUUAAAGCCACAUUUCACUUCACCUUUGAAACAGUUCCCAUCUGUUUCUCAGAAGGCUUCCUUCCACCUGCUCUGAGCCACCGAGGCCCCCUCUCCUGUGGAGUCUAACUAAAUGGAGAUUUCAGGCAAAGACGGGGAGGGCUGAUGUUCCAUUCCUGUGGUGUCAGUCCCUGUGAGGCUCUGGGAGGGGUCUGCCCCUCCUGAGGUGGAUGAAUGAUGCCCCCCCCAACCCCAGCCUGCUGCUCCCAGCACUCCCUGUGAGGAUCUCUAGGUUGUGAGGGAAUCUGCCCGUUUGUCCAGGAUUGAGUGAGUGUAGAGGACUUGACCAGCCAACCAGAGGCAUCCCGUGAUGCCAGGACUGCCAAGCCCUCCGCCUGCUCUGAGGAGUCAGCUGCGUCACGAUGCUUCCUUUGGCUCCUUCCUUCCCUGUGUGGGAGCCUCACACCACGCCUCCCCUCUGCACAGAAGCAGAAACUCAGCGACCAGGGCUCCCCAUGACGGGUCCUUAGCGGCACCUCUGUCACGAACAAAGGGCGCUAGAGCCGCACCGUCUGUUCCUCCGGGAGCACAGCCCCAGGUGGGAGAGGAUGCCGGGGCCCACCGUAGCAUCCCUCCUCCUCCAAGCAGCCUCAUACCUCCAUUACUUUACGUCUGAGUGCAUUCUGUAGAGGAUUAUACACUGGCCCAAAUUUCUAUGCUCUGUAAGAAGUUAGUAACUAUUCUAGCAACUGCCUACUGAGGCGCUGAAAGCAAACUCGCUGUGCGGUCAUCCCAUCAGGUAGCCGUGUGAUCAUCACUGAAAUUGAAUCAUGCCUUAGCUAAUUGAAUAGAAUCUUUAUAAAAUAAUUUUCUACCGAGCUCUUCUCCAGUCAGCUACAGCCUGGCUUAUUUUUCCUGUUUAUUGUUAACUUCCGACUUUCUGUUAAGACGGAGCUGUCGGGUCAUUGGAGUCUCCCUGGGAUGACACUUUCUGUUGUUGAUUUUUGCCACGAGAGUCUCUGUAUACUUGUUUUCUUUAGAAUCCUAGUUCUGUUGCAUCAGGGAAGCCUGAGGGACUCGUUCCCAUCGCCUCAGUGUGCCUCUUAUUGUCUGGUCACUUUUGAAGUCCUGGACAUUGUUAUAUUUCAUUCUGUACCUGUGUUUUGUUAACAGUCAGUGCUUCUUUGAUCCAUUCACACACACACUCACACAAAUAGCUAAAAGAAGAUAUUUUCACCAUCUAAUGAAUUUACUAUCCCAUAUUAAGUCAUCUGAAAUUACUGAACUUUGGGGACAAAAUAUUACCUAUAAAACACAUGUAAUUACUGAGAAUUUCAUGGUUCAGCAAACCCUAAGAGGUCGUCACUUCCUUAGUCUCUCUCUCUCAGUUUACGGAACCAAACAAUGAAGUGAAAAUCACUUGCUUUCACCUUCACCCUGUUCUUUAGAGCAUAAAUAUUAACAUACAAUGGAAAGAAAGUACUUCCCAGUAGGAGAGACUGAAAGUCUCUCUACAAGGUGGCCAAGUUCUUAAGUUUCUUUGGUUUAUUUAGUUUUGCUGCUUUGUUGAGAGAUGGGACAUUUAGAAAGUUUAGGGUGUUAAUUUUUCUCAACAUUUUAUUUUGAAAAAUUCUCAGCAAACAACAUUUAAAAGAAGUAUAGUAUAAGCACCCUUAUGUAUAUCCAUCACGCAGAUUUUAAAAUUAUAAACUGCUAACUUUUAAACAAAGAUGAUUCUGCUGUUCUGUUCCUUUUGACAGGUGUCCAAUAGAGUAUUCCCUUCACAGACAUCAGCUCUCCAGUGUCAGAGAGUUCCUGGUUUUUAGCAAACUCACCUCAUUCAGUGCCAGUUAACCAGGGAGGUGAUCCUCAUAAAAAUGUUUCCUGUUCUCCAUUUUUCAGAACUCAUGCUAUAUUUUCCAUUUCGUACUCUUGCCUGGAGAAUCCCAGGGACAGAGGAGCCUAGUGGGCUGCCGUCUGUGGGGUCGCACAGAGUCGGACAUGACUGAAGCGACUUAGCAGCAGCAGCAGCAGCAGUAGGCUCUAAAAGCUAAUGUUUUCUUCUCUAUCUGGCAUGUCAGAGUGAAGGUAAUUGUGAAACUGCUUUCCACUGGAAAGACUUUUUUUCUGAUCUCUGUUGCUUUCCAACAUAUCCUCAGGACUGAAAUUAACACUCGGAUCCUCAGACAUAAUGUAGCUUUAAAAUAGAAGUAGGUAGUAACUUGAAAUUAGGCCAUUCUUAGUUUUUUUUUUCCCUUAAUUGAUUCAUGCACUUUAAAAAUAUUUUUAUCUGUUAUUUAGGAAAGAAAAUCUUAUACUUUUAAAAAGUAUAUAUUGUCCCUUAUAAUAUAUAUAUGGAAGAGUUUUAACUGAAAGUUUCCUGAAAGCUCACUAUCUUAUUUUAAUCAGUGGGUUUAGAUAUUAUUAUAAAACAUCAUUUAUAGAAAAUACCUGUAUGUUUUUGAUGAGCCCUAUCCAGUCCCUCUUUGAAAGAAAUUAGGUGAAACCCAAACCCAAAAUAUUUUUAUGUUUAUUUUAAGACCACUUUUCUGCAGAAGGUUGCCUUUUAACCGCAAAGUAUAAGGUUCUAAGGUACAGAGCUGAGUGACCCCUAACAUUUACACAAAAGGCUAUUGUUUUAGAGGAAGGGAUAGGAGUGAAAAGGAUCGUGCAGCUUGAGGAACUGCCUUUUUUUUUUUUUUUUUUUUUACAUUGAUAAUAAGGAAUGAAAACGAGAGAGAGAAAAGCUAUUAAAUGUAUCCCAGAAUCUUGCUCAUAUUCUGAUUCUGUGUAGUUCUUUAGUUUGCUUUUCAUCCAUUGAAAUUUUUCUUUUGGUCAGAAACCUCACUGGUUCUCACUGUUCUUGUUGGAGACAUCCCAAACUCACUUUGCUUUCUUUUCCAACAAGAUUGCCUUUGGAAAUAUUUUUGAGUAGGUCUCCUCUGCUAAGUGUAACCCUGACCUGAGGAUUGACUUCACCUCUAUACCCUCUGGGACUUGUGGGUCCAGCGCCAUAGAAAAAGAUGGUGACUUUAGAAAGGCUAGGAGGAGUUCCUGCUAUGUCCCUGUAGCCUCAGUUGGUUUUGACUAUGGCCAAAAAGGGAUGAAACAGAUUCAUUUUGACCAACAUCCCGGAAUAGCCUCAAGCCACAAAACUUUUUGUGAAUGAGCUGUGCCCUCCGUAGGCUGACCUCCCUGUGAGGGGUAGGAAUCUCAUUCCCUUUCAUCUUGUGUGGGCCAGUCAUACACACACAGUCAAUGGGACCAACAGGCAGACACAAUUUGGUCUUCCUUUUAGAGCCUCCAUUUAGAAUCUCUCCUGGGUCGAAAAAGUUCACACCAACCUCUUUAACUAGUCUCUUUCCACCUAGCCAAAGGGUAGACCUUUUGGAAGCCUGAAUUUGCUAGAAGUGGAAAGGGCACCGACCCUGUAGAAUCUUAGUGGUUGAAAAGAAUUGGAAAGUGAGUUUCUGUAUGAAGGAAGGUGGUCUCAUUUUUUUGGUGAGGGGUAGCUUGUUAAGGGAUUCAUGCUCUUUAGAGAGCAAGUCCUUGUAUUCAUUGUAUCUGAUUGAGCUCAUGGAGCCACCAUGCAUGAAUCUUUGGGGAGUAAGUAGGGGAUGGGUGUUUAAAACUAGUCACAAGUUGGUGCUUCCCAGCAACCCAAUACAUGGUGAGUGUCCCUAUGACCGAAGUCCCAGUUUUCAUGCAUGUGGGAUCCUGUCCCUAGGCCCUCAUUUCCACACAACUGAGAGACAGAGAGGGGCCAGACCCAUAUCCAAGUUUACAUAAUUAACCAGAAUUAGAUAAUAGUGUGAGCUGAGUAGAUAAGCUGAUCAACCUUGGCUGGAAGUAGGGCUGGGGAGGGCAUUCUAGGGAUGAAGAAUCAAGAGACUCAGGGAAGGAAGAUAACUUACAUGAGGUCUCAGAUCUUCGUGGAACACCUCGUGUGUUGUCAUAUGGACAUCCCAUGUACUCACCAGCUGGGCAAAGACACAAGCCAUUUCUAGCCCCAUGGCAGGCCCCUCAUGCCCCCUCAGAGUCCACACCCUUCUUCUGCCCCCAGAGCCACCGCUGUUCUGACUUCUGUCACCAGGGAGCACCUUCUCCCUCCCUGAACUGCAUGUUAAUGGCAUCAUACCGCGUAGUAGUUUAGACCUGGCAUCUUUGUCAUCAAGCCGCUGCCGGUCUUUUCUGGAGGCUCUGUUCUCUUCCCUUGGUCUGUAGGUCUGUCCUUCUGAUAAUACCAUACUGUCUUAAUUCCUUCUCCUCUUAAGCCCCUGCCCCUGGCUUCUAGGGUUUACGUGACCUGGGAGGCUCUUUGGUAGUGUUCCAAGAUGAUGUCGUAUGACUUACAGCCCCACCUUGGGAUAGCUGGGUGGGUAACUCCCGUGUGACUGUGCAGUUGGAACUCUCCUUAAGCUCACCGAGUGAGUGAAAAGGAUGUGAUGAUGCUCUGCUGAUGGGGAUGACACACUAAUUGAGUUGGCUGGGAAACAGAGCCAGGCCUCCGUCUACGGGCCCUAGACCCUGUCACCGGCCGUGCUGUGAUCUCAGUGUGAGGCGGCAGCUCUGCAGGUCCGCAGAGUCCGGCUUCAGGGCCCACUGAGGGGCCAGUCUAAUGUGGGCAGUGACUCUGGCCUUCCGCAAAGGAGGACCUCCUGAGAGCCGGUUCCCAGUGGCCUCUUUUCUGGGACUGGGCGGCAGCACCCUGGCAAGAGCUGCUUUGGUUCUUUUGGUACCUGGUUAAUGAUCGGUGUCACCCACUUGCUCUGUCCAGCCAGUCCAGCACCUGUGGGCACGCCUUUGACAUCCACCCAGUUAUUUAGGUAGUGAGGUUAGGGCAGGAUCUGGGACCCAAAGGGUGAGAGAAACUUUGCUAAGUAUUGUGUGGCCAGAUUUCAGAAAUCACCACUCCCUCUGGGGUGCUGCACUGUCCCUCAUGAACCAAGAAGGCCAGACAGAGCCCCUCCUAUCUUAAAGUCUUGUCACCAGUCUAAGAAAACACAAUUAAUUACCUAAACCCUUGUUAGUGGGGGUUCAUUUACAAACAGCAGUGUCCUCAGAAACUAAGUCCAAAGGCACAAGACUCUGGCUUUGAAAUAAUCUGUAGUCCUGGUCACUGGUUUGAACUCACAAUCUGAUUUCUUUCAGUCCCCCAGGUAUGUGGACCAGAGUUGAUUUCAUGGCUCUUCUUCACUCUGAUAAACAGAUGAGGAACAUGUAUGCCAGAAAUUUAGAGGUACAGGCUUUUGAAAAAUUAAAUUCCAUAGUUCUCUGUCAUUUUAAGUUGACAGGUUUGAUUCAUCUAGGGAUAAAAUAUGUGAAAUGGUUUCCAGGGGAUCAAGUACAUAUAUUUUCUGAAUGUUCUGAUACAGGAUCAUGAACAAUUGUAAAGUUUUGGUUUGAAAUACGAUAGUAUAUGGGAUAACAGAAGAGCCUUUAACUCACAGUCAGGUAAAGGAGCUCUCCUCCUGAACCCUUUUCCUCACUCAGGUUUGAAAUGCCUCAUCUGUAAUGUUACCUGUAAUUGAUUAUUACCGUUGGUUUUCAGGUUCAGUCAAGAAUCAUGUGGAAAACAUUAUCCUAAUUCUUUCUCUCCUCUCCUAAGCAGCAUAUUUUACUGAGAAAUUUAAAAAAUUUAAAACUCCACUAACAUCCUCUUCUGAAAUGAUUGUCCCAUAAAUGAAUUUGUUUUUUAUUUAGUCAACCUGAAUUAUUUCCAUUUAGCUAUGUUCAAGAGCAAGUAAAGUCUGGAGAAAGAAACCUCAUCACUCAUGACUCUGCUGUACCCUUUUCCCUUAAUAAUGGGAAGUGUCCUGAAAUCCCCAGAAGAAAGCUGCUUUGUAAUCAAAGUGAUGGAUUAUAAGAAAGCCAGUCUUUGGGUAAGGAUAAUUGGAAUAGAGGAGGUGCUUGAAGAUCUCCUAAACUACCUUAUGCCAUUUAGCUUGUGUUUCUGAAAGGCCUGCUUGGGUGCCAUGCACUGAGAUCUAUCAGUUGACUGAAAGAUGAUCAUGCUUUCUUGGUAAAUAUUUUUAAGCAACUGGCAACCACCAAGGCAUUCUUUCCUUAUCAUUCUAGAUCACGCACUGAUGCUGACGUUGCAAAAAGGAGUCUGGAAGGGAAACAGCGUCACAGCCUUUUCUCUAAAAUACACGGUGUCCCAAGCAAUCAUUUGUCACAGUCAGCUAGUUAUGUGUUCCCUUCCAUGACAAAUGCUGCCAGCAUCGCCUAUGAUUUCUAAGAACUCUGAACCAAAUUGUUAUUUGUUAUGUCCUGCUGAGUGGUUUUCCCUUUAAUAAAAUACUGUAUUUCCACUACCCUGUGGCACUGAGUGUGUUGCCUGAUACACAUGGGAUCCUGAGCUACUGUUCCUGAAAUAGCUCAGUUCUUGUGUUUUUAUAUUAUGUAACCGUUUUGUGAUGCUUUUGUGCAUUCUUUGUCUUCUUUUCUGAAUUUUGACAUGUCAUAAAUAAACUUUUUCACUAUGCACCUGAAA